UUCUUCACUGGGUUUUACUUUUUAUAUAUUUAUUUCUUGCAUGUGUAAUGAGUACCUGAUUGAUUGCCGUGACUGGAGGCGAGAAAGUGGUGAUAUUAAUAUUAUUAAUGAUAAUGGGAAUGGGGAAAGAUUUUAUUUUUUCCUUCUUUUAAUUAUAGUGGAAAUCUUGUUGAAUUAUUGGUUUGGUGCUCUCUUUCUGCUUUCGUUUUUUCACUCUUCCUUCAUAAAAUAGUCCUCUGAGUUUGUUGGCUUCCUGAGAAAUUGGAAGAGAAAGAGUUGGGAUCUUAUACUUGAGGUUUAGAGAACAAACUGCUCAUAAACUAUGCCUGCAUUUGUGUGCAUUAGAUUCAGUUGCGUGUGAAUAUUUUGUUUUAAGGUUCAAUCUUUGUCUUCAAAUAUGGCGUCAAAACAAUUUAAGGGUAGCAGAUCAUCUCUAUCAGAAACUUCUGAUGCACCUGAAACCCAGAAGCCUCCUUUACCUCCAACCGUAACAUUCGGCCGAAGAACUUCGUCGGGUCGUUACAUCAGUUACUCUAGAGAUGAUCUUGACAGUGAGCUAGGAAGCAAUGACUUCAUGAAUUACACGGUGCAUUUGCCACCAACCCCAGAUAACCAACCUAUGGAUCCAUCAAUCUCACAGAAAGUUGAGGAACAAUAUGUGUCGAAUUCACUCUUCACAGGCGGAUUCAACAGUGUGACACAAGCACAUCUUAUGGACAAGGUGAUAGAAUCCGAAGCAAACCAUCCACAGAUGGCUGGAGCAAAAGGAUCUUCAUGUGCAAUACCUGGUUGUGAUGCUAAGGUGAUGAGGGAUGAACGUGGUGUGGAUAUUCUUCCAUGUGAGUGUGAUUUCAAGAUAUGUAGAGACUGCUACAUAGAUGCAGUGAAAAUAGGUGGUGGUAUGUGUCCAGGGUGCAAGGAACCAUACAAGAACACAGAACUAGAUGAAGUGGCAGUGGAUAAUGGAAGGCCUCUUCCACUUCCACCGCCGAACCGGGUGUCUAAGAUGGAGAGGAGAUUGUCAUUGAUGAAGUCAACAAAGUCAGCUCUGAUGAGAAGCCAAACUGGUGAUUUUGAUCACAACAGGUGGCUCUUUGAAACAACAGGUACCUAUGGCUAUGGCAAUGCUAUAUGGCCAAAGGAAGGGAAUUUUGGAAAUGGAAAUGGAGAUGACAAUAGUGUUGCUGAUCCUUCUGAGUUGAUGAACAGACCUUGGAGACCACUUACAAGGAAACUCAAGAUACCUGCUGCUAUUCUGAGUCCAUAUCGUCUCAUCAUUUUUGUAAGAUUGGCAGUGUUAGUACUAUUCCUGAUGUGGAGGGUGACACACCCAAAUAAAGAGGCAAUCUGGCUAUGGGGAAUGUCUGUGGUUUGUGAGAUAUGGUUUGCAUUCUCUUGGCUUCUUGAUCAGUUGCCAAAGCUAUGUCCAGUGAAUCGUUCCACCGAUCUUAAUGUUCUUAAGGAAAAAUUUGAAACACCAACUCCUGACAAUCCUACUGGAAAAUCUGAUCUUCCAGGCAUAGAUAUUUUUGUGUCUACUGCAGAUCCUGAAAAAGAACCACCUCUUGUAACUGCAAACACCAUCUUGUCUAUUCUUGCUACUGAUUACCCUGUUGAGAAGCUUUCUUGCUAUGUUUCCGACGAUGGUGGAGCUCUUCUAACUUUUGAGGCAAUGGCUGAAGCUGCUAGCUUUGCUAAUGUAUGGGUUCCUUUCUGCCGGAAACACGACAUUGAGCCGAGAAAUCCUGAAUCAUAUUUCAACUUGAAGAGAGACCCUUACAAGAACAAAAUCAGGCCGGAUUUCGUGAAGGACCGGAGGCGUGUGAAGCGCGAGUAUGAUGAGUUCAAAGUUAGGAUCAAUGGCCUGCCUGACUCAAUUCGUCGCCGGUCCGAUGCAUUUCAUGCAAGGGAAGAAAUCAAGGCCAUGAAACUUCAGAGACAGAACAGGGAAGAUGAACCUGUGGAGCCUGUAAAGAUUCCGAAAGCAACAUGGAUGGCUGAUGGAACUCACUGGCCAGGAACUUGGUUGAAUUCUGCACCUGAACACUCCAGGGGUGACCAUGCUGGUAUAAUUCAGAUGAUGUUGAAACCUCCAAGUGAUGAACCUCUUCUAGGAACCAGUGACGAUUCAAAUCUCAUUGACAUGACCGAUGUGGAUAUCCGUCUUCCCCUUCUUGUUUACGUUUCCAGAGAGAAACGUCCGGGCUAUGACCACAACAAGAAAGCUGGAGCCAUGAACGCCUUGGUUCGAGCCUCGGCAAUCAUGUCCAAUGGACCUUUCAUACUCAACCUUGACUGUGAUCACUAUGUCUACAACUCAAAGGCAAUGAGGGAAGGCAUGUGCUUCAUGAUGGAUCGAGGAGGCGACCGCCUUUGCUAUGUACAGUUCCCACAACGGUUCGAGGGGAUUGACCCCUCAGAUAGAUAUGCCAAUCACAAUACUGUAUUCUUUGAUGUCAACAUGAGAGCCCUUGAUGGACUUCAAGGGCCAGUUUAUGUAGGAACCGGUUGUCUAUUCAGAAGGGUAGCCCUCUAUGGUUUCGAUCCACCUCGCUCCAAAGAACAUAACUCGGCUUCAGGCUGCUGUAGUUGCUGCCUCGGCCGGAGGCGAAAGAAGAGCACCCCUGAAGAGAACAGAGCACUAAGAUUGGGUGAUUCUGAUCAUGAAGAAGAAAUGAACCUUUCCUUAUUCCCAAAGAAAUUUGGAAACUCAACUUUCCUCAUUGAUUCAAUUCCAGUGGCAGAGUUCCAAGGCAGGCCACUUGCUGACCACCCUGCAGUCAAGAAUGGCCGUCCGCCGGGUGCUCUCACCGUCCCCCGGGAGCUUCUCGACGCAUCGACCGUCGCGGAGGCCAUCAGUGUUAUCUCCUGUUGGUAUGAGGAGAAGACUGAAUGGGGACACCGUGUAGGAUGGAUCUACGGAUCAGUGACUGAGGAUGUUGUCACCGGCUAUAGGAUGCACAACAGAGGAUGGAAAUCGGUUUACUGUGUGACAAAACGCGACGCAUUCCGGGGAACUGCUCCGAUCAACCUCACCGACAGACUCCAUCAGGUUCUCCGGUGGGCUACUGGUUCAGUUGAAAUAUUCUUCUCAAGAAACAAUGCCAUUCUUGCAAGCUCAAGAAUGAAGCUUCUUCAGCGAAUUGCAUACCUUAACGUCGGAAUCUAUCCCUUCACUUCCAUAUUCCUUAUCGUCUACUGCUUUCUUCCGGCACUCUCCCUCUUCUCCGGCCAGUUCAUCGUUCAGUCCCUCAGCGUCACGUUCCUCGUUUAUCUCUUAACAAUCACGGUUACUUUAUGCAUGCUUGCAAUUCUGGAGAUCAGGUGGUCCGGCAUUGAGCUAGAAGAAUGGUGGCGAAACGAACAGUUCUGGCUAAUCGGCGGAACAAGCGCCCACCUGGCGGCGGUUCUACAAGGCCUGCUAAAAGUGAUAGCAGGAAUAGAGAUCUCAUUCACAUUAACCUCCAAGUCCGGCGGCGACGACGUAGACGACGAGUUUGCCGAUCUAUACAUUGUGAAAUGGACAUCACUUAUGUUGCCACCAAUCACAAUAAUGAUGGUGAACUUGAUAGCAAUAGCGGUUGGUGUAAGCAGGACUAUUUACAGUACGAUACCUCAAUGGAGCAAGUUGCUAGGUGGAGUUUUCUUCAGCUUUUGGGUGUUGACUCAUUUAUACCCUUUUGCAAAAGGGUUGAUGGGAAGAAGAGGGAGAACACCUACCAUUGUUUUUGUGUGGUCUGGUCUUAUUGCUAUCACAAUUUCACUCCUUUGGGUCGCUAUUAAUCCACCUCAAGGUUCCAACCAAAUUGGUGGUUCCUUCCAGUUUCCAUAGUUACAUAUACAUUCUUUUUGUCACAUCAAUCUCUUCAUUCUUUUUUUCACACUUUGAAUUGUUUCAACUACUCAAUGGUGAAUUAAAACAGUGGACAAUAACCCACAUUACUUACCUGUCUGUGUGCUA